AUGGCCAUUUUCUCAGAACGAGCAAUUGUGCUACUCUUCUUUCUUUCUUCUCUUAUCAUCCAUGGAAGCCCGAAGCCUGACCUCUUCUAUAGCCUUUGUACUGAAAAUGGCAACUAUGAACCCAAUAGCACUUACCAGUAUAACCUCAACCUCCUCCUCACUUCCCUGUCGUCAAAUGCUGCAACGCUUAACGGCCGCAAAUUCCACAACCAGACGGUAGGCCAAGCGCCAGACAUGGUAUAUGGCCUCUACCUAUGCAGGGGGGAUGUCACAGACGCAGUAUGCCAGAACUGCGUCCAGACUGCAAGUCAAGAGAUUCUGACCAAGUGUCCCAACAGAAAAGAGGUAAUCAGUUGGUACGACCAGUGCAUGUUUCGGUACUCCAACCGAUCAAUCUUCUCAAUAAUGGAAGAAAGGCCAAGUGUGACUGGGUCUAACGAAUUGGAGAUGGAGGACCCAGAUAGGUUUGAUCAGAUUGUGAAUGAAACCAUGGUGGGUUUGAUUGAAAAGGCUACCUAUAAUUCUUCUGAGAGAGACAUGUUUGAGACUGGAGAAGCAAAAUUUAAUGCGUCCACCAAGAUAUAUGGUUUGGCGCAGUGCACACCAGAUUUAUCCGGCAGCGAUUGUAGGAGGUGCCUUGAAAAUAUUUUUUCUCGUAUUCCUAAUUGUUGCUAUGGGAAGCAAGGGGCCAGGAUUCUAGGACCAAGCUGCAACUUUAGGUACGAGGUGUACCCUUUCUAUGGAGACUUUGCAGCUGCUGCACCGCCUGCACCUUCACCUCUGUCACCUCCAGGUAAUAAUACAGCUUCUGAAUCUAAAGGUAAAAAGGGAAACUCGUCCCGGCUUCUAAUUGUUAUCAUUGUUCCUGUUGUGGGCACAGUGAUAAUUUUUGGCUUCCUCUACUAUUGUUGGCUAAAUAGGAAGAUGAGAAAAUCCAGGCCAAGUGCUUUUGGGGAAGACAGUCAAAGCAUGGACUUGACCAUGGAUUCACUACUCUUUGAUUUGAAGACACUUAGAGCUGCCACUAACAACUUCUCUGAUGCUAAUAAGAUUGGUGAAGGGGGCUUUGGAGCUGUUUACAAGGGUCUACUUUCAAGUGGACUAGAGAUAGCUAUAAAAAGGCUCUCAAGAAAUUCAGGGCAAGGGGCAGAAGAAUUCAAGAAUGAAAUUGCAUUACUUGCUAAACUUCAACAUAGGAAUCUUGUUCGCCUUUUGGGGUUUUGCUUGCAAGCAAAAGAGAAAAUACUCGUCUAUGAAUUUGUGCCCAAUAAAAGCCUCGACUACUUUCUAUUUGAUACCGACAAACAGUCACAAUUGGAUUGGCCUACACGACACAAGAUUAUAGUGGGUAUUGCUCGAGGACUACUUUACCUGCAUGAGGAAUCUAGGUUGAAGAUCAUUCACCGUGAUCUUAAAGCUAGCAACAUAUUAUUGGACUCCAAGUUGAAUCCCAAAAUUUCUGACUUUGGCAUGGCAAGGAUUUUCUUUAUGGAGCAAAGUCAAGCAAAUACAACGAGGAUUGUAGGGACAUAUGGUUACAUGUCUCCUGAGUAUGCAAUGCAUGGACAAUUUUCAGUGAAGUCAGAUGUGUUCAGUUUUGGUGUUUUGCUUCUAGAGAUACUAAGCGGCAAGAAGAAUAGUUGUUUCAACAACUCAGAGUGCAGUGAGGACCUUCUAAGCUAUGCUUGGAGACAGUGGAAGGAUCGAACAGCUCUGGAACUGAUAGAUCCAAUUCUGGGAGGAGAGUAUUCAAGAAGUGAAGUAAUGAGAUGCAUCCAUAUUGGGUUAUUAUGUGUUCAAGAAGAUGCAGCUGACAGACCCACAAUGGCAUCAGUAGCUCUCAUGCUAAACAGCUAUUCUGUUACUCUCCCUUUGCCUUCAAAACCCGCCUUCUUCCUUCAUUCUAAAAAGGAAUCCAAUCCAUCCACCAGCAAAUCUGUAUCGAUGUCCGUAGAUGAAGGGUCGAUCACUGAAGUGUAUCCAAGAUGA